ACUCUCCCGCGAAGUCGAGGUUUUUAAGUCGUACUUGUGAUGGAAAGCAGAGAGGAGAUGGUGAUGCUGGCGGAGGGAGGUCAGCUUGGCAAGAGCGGCUCUAAUUUGUCUGGAGCCAUCGGGAGCCCAGUGCGAGAACCGCAGGGAAAGCCUGGUCACAGAAGCUGUUUGAGCCCCGGCGGUGCGCCUUACUCUCGGGACAGAACGGAGGUGGUGAUGGAGGAAAGCGCACGGAGGAAUAUGUGCGCCGAAAUGAGGCCAGUUGGCACAUCUUCCUCCGGAGAGAGGCACCGGACUGAUCAUCUCCACAAAGACGGCAGCAGCUCAGACACGGAGUCGGACUUCUACGAGGAAAUUGAUGUCAGCUGCACGCCUGAAAGCAUGGACUACCCGACAGCUAAAGGUCGAAAUGGGGAUUCUCCGAGUCACCCGAGUGAGACUGGUGCAGAUCCGGGUAACAUUGUCCCGGGUCAGGGCUCUCUGUCCUAUUCAGCGGAUCAGAUUCGCCGGUACCGGACAGCGUUCACUAGAGAGCAGAUCGCACGGCUGGAGAAGGAAUUUUACCGGGAGAACUACGUGUCCAGGCCGCGGAGAUGCGAACUGGCGGCUGCUUUAAAUCUACCUGAAACUACAAUCAAGGUGUGGUUUCAGAACCGCAGGAUGAAAGACAAGCGCCAGCGUCUGGCCAUGACGUGGCCUCACCCCGCCGACCCGGCCUUCUACACCUACAUGAUGAGCCACGCGGCGGCCACGGGGAACCUGCCCUACCCCUUCCCAUCCCACCUGCCGCUGCCUUACUACUCCCACCUGGGUGUAGGAGCUGGCGCGGCUCCGGCCGCCACCCCUUUCUCCAACCCUCUGCGCUCCCUCGACAGUUUCCGGAUGCUGUCUCACCCCUACCAGAGGCCGGAGCUCCUGUGCGCCUUCAGACACCCCUCCCUGUACCCGGGUCCGACCCACGGCCUCGGUCCCGGGGGAAGCCCCUGUUCCUGCCUGGCCUGUCACUCCAGUCAAUCCAACGGUAUCUCAACCAGGCCCUCCGGCUCGGACUUCGCUUGCUCCCCAACUAGCAGGACUGACGCUUUUGUCACUUUCACGCCUUCAGUGCUCAGCAAAUCCUCAUCUGUGACAUUAGAUCAGAGGGAAGAAGUGCCUCUGACCAGAUAAAACCAAAACGUGUCCUAUAUAAGCCUUUACCAUAAGCUUUUUAACCUAACAUAUUAUAUGAUCAGGACUGAAACAGCAUGAAGAGGUAGCCUGUAAGCAGUGAACGCCAGCUUAAACUUGGGGCAAGAUAAUUAGCCAGAUCUUCAGCACAGUGGAUCUCCCACUACUGAAAAAUAAUAGCUAAUCCCAUUGCAGAGCCGGGACAGCGGGCUGAAAUAUGACGGCAUGGACACAAAACCACAUUUGAUUUUUAGAAGAUUCAUUUGAUGUGUGAGGGGGCGGGGGAUCCAGAUAACGUUUAAAUCUACGUGAUGGAUAGCGUUAUGUUUUUUUAUCAUUACUUGUCCUGUUCUUUACGCGUCCAAACCUACAUGUAGGCCUAUUGUUAGUUACGCGAGAAUGAUGUUUUCCAUCUCUCUUUUUAACAAGGGGAUUUGUUAGUUGAGACUGUGGCCGUCUCAUUAUAAAGCAGUUCUCCACACCGGGGCCCUCCAAGGCGGCCCCGGCCGAAAUGUGCAGAUGCUAGUAAAAUUAGUAAGUGAUGUAUAUGUACGACCCGGUGAAUUUUGAGUGCUGAAUUAAUGAUAAUACCAGAAAGGGAUCGUUACUGCCAAAAGGUAACAAGGCGCCAAGGGAACGGAUUACUACAGCCAGCACGGUUUGACGGAGGAGGAGG